GCGAAUUUCAGCGGCUUUCAGUUUUGUCAACUAUUGAAAGAAGAAGAAGAUAAUAAAAUUCAGUGGAGUUGUGCAGGCGUCUUUUUUCUGAUAAAAAUAAGUGAAAAUUGUGUGGAGAAUGGAUGUAAAAACGGAAAAAAUGGACUUUAUAGAUGCUGUAGUGAAGGAGGAAUAUGAAAUAGAGGAAAUGCCAGAAGAAGCAGAGAGUAGGGAAUGGGAAACAUUGGACGCGAAUGCCCUUCCUGCAGAGGCAAUCAAAGCUGAACCAGAGGAACCAGAAGAUGUAAAGAAUGUGAUGUUGCUCGAUACGAAACCGCAAGGUUUGGAUUGCGUUUCGGAUCUUGAGCAGAAUGGCACACAUCAAUGUGGCAUUUGUGGAAGAUCCUUCAAGAAUCGAUACACACUGAAGAGUCACAUGGUCAAGCACCAGAAGAAGAAGGGAUUUCCUUGUCCCUAUUGCACAAGAGUCAUCUUGCAGAAGAAGCGUCUGAUGCAUCAUGUGAAGACCAAUCAUGAGUGCAGUGUCUGCGGCGCCAUGUUCCGGAUGAAUAUUGAACGGACCACUCACAUACAGCAAGUUCACUACGGCAGUAGCAGUAGCUGUGACGUGUCUGUAAUUGAAGAAUAUCAAAAUGAUGAUGCAGAGAUGUCCAAUAACUCAGCUGAAGUAUCUGAAUCUUGCUCCAAUGAUAAUGAUGUACGUGUACCGAGUAUUCGCCCGAGGCGACCUUGGUUACAUAAGAGGAAUGUGAGGAAAAAAUUGGUUGAAGAGGGUAAAGAGCGCAUUUCACUUAAGAUAAAAGGGAAAGUAAUUCCAGCUAAAAAUUUUAUACCACAAAAUAAUUGCUGUUCAUACGGAUGCUAUGCAAAAAUCGAUGUAUCGGAUCAACAAAGGAUUCAUGAGAAUUUCUACCAAAUGAACUCAUCCAGUAAAACUCUUUUCCUUCGAAGUUGUCUUCACCGCAAGAAGCCACUAAGGCAAAUUUCGAAAAUUAUGCCAAUAGCUCCUUUGCAUGAGAAACAGUUCAUUUAUGAGUACGCCUUGAAGGAUUGGUCUGGUGUAUCUCACAGAGUGUGCAAACGUUUUUUCACAACUUGUCUAAGAAUUUCUGCACAUAAAGCCUACUAUGCUCUUAAAAAUGAGGAAAUCAAUCCAAUGGCUGAAGAGAUGCGAGGAAGGAGACCACCAGCAAACAAAACUCCUGAAGAGUCAGUCAAUCUUGCAAAAAGUUUCCUUGAAUCGAUUCCUUCUUAUGAAUGCCAUUAUGGGCGUACCACGACCUCAAAGAGAUACUUAGGUCCAGAUAUAACUUUCAGGCAAAUUCACAAGGAAUACAGUGCCAUAAUGGAGUCAUUGGGAAAGAAACCAGUAUCCCAAACAAUUUUGAAGGGAAUUUAUAACAGCGAUUUCAAUUUCAGCAUAAAAACUCGCCACACAGAUACCUGUAAAACGUGUAAUGCUUUCAAACUCUCUAUUGCUGCUCUACAAAAAGAUGACGAGAAAAGACAAGCUGAAGAGACGAAAAAGAAUAAUCAUCAAAAGAUGGUUGAUAAAGUUAAUAGUAAUUUCGUCAAUGAUCUGAAGAGGGCAAGUGAUGAAAUAAAAGUAUUGACCUUUGAUUUGCAAGAAGGGCUCCCAACGCCAAAACUGCCAGCGAAUAUUUCUUUUUGCAAAAGGACGCUAUGGACAUAUAAUCUCUGUAUAUAUGACGAAGACGAAAAACAAGGCCACAUGUAUCUUUGGUCCGAAGAUACAGCUUCUCGGGGACCAGAAGAGAUCGCUUCUUGCCUUCUUUACCAUCUUGAAAAGCUUCCUCCUACUGUUACUGAAAUCGUUUUGUAUUCUGACUCGUGCAGUGGACAGAAUCGUAACAUUACUGUGUCACUGAUGCUCAAGCAUUUUCUUUCUCGAAGUCAGAAUGUACAAAAGAUAACACAAAAAUUCUUGGUAACGGGCCAUUCAUACAACAGCUGCAACAGAAAUUUUGGGCUGAUUGAGAAAGACAGUAGAAAGCACAAAAUUAUUGCAACUCUGGAUGAAUGGGCGUCCAUUAUUGAGAAAUCGAAGAGAAGUCUACCACAUUUAAAAGUCACGCAAAUGAAAACCACAGAUUUUUUGUCUUUCACCGAGCUGGAGGGCAUGAUUUGCAACUGGAAGGAGGACGUUGGGAAGAAUAAAGUUAGCUGGAUCAAAAUGUGGCAAAUUGAAUACCUAAAAAAUGACAUUUUCAAGCUCUACGUUACAAAUUACGAUGGAGAGAAAAUUGAAAUUGAUAUUGAAAAGGCAGGGAAGACAGCAGAUGAUUUUAUGAAUCACAAUCCAAGUUUGUUGUAUCCGAAUGGCAGAGAAAUAUCCGAAGCAAAAAAGAAGGAUUUGAUGGAUCUUAUGCCACUUGUAACAGAAGAAAGUCAGGAGCAUUUCAAAAAACUAAAAACUUGUUCAUAUGACAAUGAUUUUGUGUAUGCUAGUUGCGAAGAGGAUUAAUAAAACGGGUCCCGGUCAAAAUCCCGAACGCCAAAAUCCCGAAAGCCAAAAUCCCGAACGCCAAAAUCCCGAAAGCCAAAAUCCCGAAUGGGUCAAAAUCCCGAAAGCCAAAAUCCCGAAUUCUUAAAAGUGUCAUAGCUACUCCCACGAUUGCACCCGCGCUUGCUGGAGGCAAAGGGAAAUCUUCUGUGUCUUGGAAAAUUAUUCUAAACAUUUUCCUCCAUAUAAUUCCAUCUCUUUCAGGAUUUGAGAAAUUCGGGAUUUUGGCUUUCGGGAUUUUGGCUUUCGGGAUUUUGGCCUUUUCGGGAUUUUGGCGUUCGGGAUUUUGGCUUUCGGGAUUUUGGCUUUCGGGAUUAUGGCUGCCACCGAAUAAAACAA